ACAGCUUUUGCUUUCGGACGGGGUUUCUUGCAAUUCUCGCCUUCACUGCCUUUAUUAGAGCUGGGGUCCGAACGGUGCGUGGUCUUCCAGACCUCUUGCGGUCAUCGAAGCUCUGAGUACUAUUGUAUCUAUUAAAUGUGCGAUAAACAAAUUGUAUGUUGAUUUUUAGGUUUUCAAGCAACUUCAAAAUCAUGUUUGGCGGGUGCCCACAUUUGUGCUACGCAAUUACUGCGAUACGAUUCUCUUUUAGGCCCCAAUUCAUUAUAGAUACGACGAGAUAAGCGUUAUGUGUGGUAUUAAUUAUAGCUCAAAAAUCCACCACAUUAUGUAAUUUUUUUAAUUUUUUGGUAGCAUUUGUUUUAACGGAAAUAAAGAGGUUGCAAAUCGAGUAACAGAACUUAGUAACCAACUAGGUACAUAUCAAAAUACACUAAACAAUUAACCCCAUUAUUCAUAACACUUUGAAAAGUGCAGAUCAAUUACCUAGUUGAUUUAUAUUUUUUCCCUUUCUUACAAAUACAUAAGUCAAAAUGACAGAUAGAAUAAGACAACCGAUAGCUAAUAGCUAUUGACACUUAUAGCGCGAAUAUAAAUAAUGCUAUAAAUUAUUAUAUUUAUUACGCAAGUCAACAGUGACUAUAAAUCAAUAAACAGAUCAUCACUCCCCCAAAACGUAAACAUAGCGCACAUUUAUUAAAAAAACUUUUUUCUGCACCAUUGCACCGAAAGAGGCCGAACCGGCGGCGAUAGCGCGACCUGGCACGUUGGAACGCCGCGAUACCAAGCUCGACGGUGUUCAGUGCGACCACGACUUUUGACAAACAUGGCUCGCCCUGUUGACAGAUCGAAAUGGCGGCGAAGAAAAUUCAUAAAACCACCACCAGACGACGACAAUGAUUGCGCCAGUCUUGCGUGGCUUCUUAAUUUUAGAUUAGACGAGUUUGUGAACGUAAAAGUGCCUGAUGAUGAGCCAGGUGUGGAUCCUGAACCUACAGUGGUGAGGAAGCCUCCCUAUACGUACCCGGAGCUGAUAGAACGGGCGUUGAGAGAGAAAGGAGAGUUGACGGUGUCUGCUAUAUACCAAUGGAUCUCCGAUCGCUUCCCCUACUACAAAGCCAACGACGAGCGCUGGAAGAACUCCGUGCGCCACAACCUGUCCAUCAACCCCCACUUUAGGAAGGGGGCGCGAGCUCCCCACGGUGCGGGGCACCUCUGGUCCCUCGCCGCCAACGCCAUUGACCUCCUACCUUUAAGAAACCAGCGGGUGGACGAGGAAGUCCAUGAAGCGCACAUAAUUGAAUGUCCCAAGGUUAUCGUCCUGGACGAGGCGGCGAUAGCAGCGGCCAGCAUUAUUGCUGAUCAAGAUUUAUUCUCAGGCAGUACGAUGUUUCUGAAUCCGGUGUCGACAGAACAAGUAGUUCGCGAAUGUGGACUCAUCACAGUAGACUAAUGGAUUCAAUUCUGCGUAAACCACACUUGAACGCCACGGUCAAACACCAAUUUGGUACAUUCGUGAUUAAAAAUAUCUGAACGUGACGUAUUACUGCAAUAAUAUCUUGCACAAAAACAUAUAACACGCUGUUAUGGUUCUACAAAUAAGAAUUAGUCAACAUAUUUUCGGGUGGUCCCCCACGCACAUACUUUUACAAACAUAGCAUUUGGACAUCGCGGGCGGUUAGAGUCGCCUGUCGCGGGCGGCGUCUGGUUAAGCAGACCGCAGCCUACGAACCAUGAAAUCGUAGUCUAAUAUCAUUGGGGACACUAAUUUAAAGCUCACAAAUUUCGUUGGCUUGUUGGUUAUAUUAAGAAAAUGGAGGAAGAUCGGAAAGUAAAAAGAGCAUACCGGGGCUGCAGAGCUAUCGUUGGAGCAAUAUGACGAAAACUAGCUCGGAACACAGAACAGUGGCGAAGUCUUGUGCCAGACGCCAAGUCUCGUAUUGCGUCGCUAAGCCAACUGAGUAUGUAAGUAAAUAGGAAUCAGAUAAUUUUAAUAACAGGACAUAAACAAAACUGUGUCUGUAGUUUUUACAACUGUGUCAAUUUAGGAUAAUAAGUACGUAUAUAAAAUAAUUUUUUUUUUUUAAUGAGGAGGCCUGUUGGAACCAUAAAAUGAUCUUAUUUUGCUCCAAAUUUCGGUAAAUAUGAAUAUUUUUUAACUGUUAUGUAAUAAAUAGAUAUAAAAAAGAACAUCUUAUCUAACACAUUUUUAUCGGUGUAUCAAAAUUAUGAUUUUUUUAUUAUAUGAAGCAAUGAUUAAGGAGCCAAAAUACCCAUUAGUUUUACUCCAACUUAUAGUUUAUUUAGAGGCGCAUAUUAGUUACCCCAUUAUGCGCCAAAUUACUUCAUAGAUGCACUUCAAAAAGAGAGAUAAGAUUAACCAACGUAGCAAUUCAAAAUAAUAAUUUAAUUUAAUUAAUUUAAUUUUCUUUAGGUAAUUGUAGAUUUUAAUUAUUUUUGUUAAUUUUAUUUUUUUACUGUUUCGAUUUUAAGUUAAUUUAUCCUUGUGUUUUUAUUUAAUUCAAAAUAUAUAUUCAUUUACGUUUACCUGCGAAUAUACAUAAUAAUACAGAAACAUAUUGUUGAAUAUAUUAUAAUAAUUACCCACAAGGGAGCAAAUUAGGACCAUUUGCGUAACUUCGAAAAAAAAAUGAUCCUAUAUUAUUGAUUUGUAUUCAGGAUCGAGAUGCACAGAUAUCAAUAACAGAUUAUUAUAUCAAUAACGGAUUAAGUUGGAUUUUAAAAUGGCCUCUAGUAGUAUUUGUUUAAUAUUCCGCCAAUUCGUAUAGAAAAUAUACAACGAGGAAUUUGUAUGUUACAGCGACAAAUUUUGUAAAACAUUAUUUGAUUCUAGUCUAUUGAAACUAGUCCUAUGGUUAAGAAAGCAGAGCUGAACUAAACAAGGGGUUAUUAUUUCUUUCCAUUAAUUAUUAAAUCUUUCCAGUUGGUGAACACUUUCUGCUGACAGGGACAGGAAAAAGUAGACGUUAUUCCCUUCUCGCUCUUAGGCUACGUCAACACAGACAGGUGGCUUGCUCAGCGUCUAGAGCAUAGUGGUUUGCAUUCUGUGUAGCCGGCAAAAUAGUUAUUUACGAUACAAGUGCAGAAAAUAGGAAAUACGCAACGAGUGGUGAUAAAUUAAAAUACGACCGAAGGGAGUGAUUUAAAUCGACACGAGUUGCGAAUUACCUAUUCGCACGUGUAUCGUACAACGUUUUACAGUACAUAUGGCUCUUUAAAGUUUCGACAUAUGCACGGAAAGUGCUCAAACAAACCUGUUUUAUUUACUCCGAUACUCGCUAAGCGACUAGCUAGGAGCCAAGCGCGCACUACGGUCUGUCGCAAAAAUACUAGAAUGUUCGUUGUACUAAGCUACUCGCUAGGUGAAGGUGACCCGCUAAGCUAUAGACGCUAAGCAAGCAUGUCUGUGCCUACGUAGCCUUAGCAGCAAGAUAGCAGAAAGUGUAGGGUGACCGGACAGAACUAUUAACCUCAUAAGCACUAGAUAUUUAAAUUAUUGCAAACCUAUUAUUCAGACUCAAUUUACUAACAUAAAAACUUGUUAACGGCAGCAGUACCUAAUUAAUGAUAUUUUUUUGACAUAGCAGGUUAUAAGUUCGUGUCAUCCACGAUGACGCGCAAAUUAGUCAAAUCUACCCUUUCAUAACAUAACUUGUCCUGUGUGAAUGACACGACGACGCCUGCCUUUAUACUGAGCAUUUACCCGUUUAUACGGUUGCUAAGAAAGUGUUCUGUUUAGUGUCGUCCAUUAACCUUUUGAACGCCAAGAACACCUAAAGUCGUCGUCACUAGUCGUGCCCACAGCGCCACAACACAGCGGACAAAUAUAGGUGUUAUGGCGGACGCUGUCACCGUAACCUUAACACUUUCGAGUAAGGUUUGCAAUGCUCCAUUGCGCCCGGGAUCUUUUGGCGUUUGAAUGAUGUUUCUGUUUAUGACAUAAAGCGUUCAAAGGGUUAAAGUAAUUUUGCAAUAAGUAUCGAAUAAAUAGUGACGGCCAAGUGACCAAAUAUAACCGUACACAUCCUUAUUUUUAUGGUAGAAAAGGUGUGUUACGAUGCAUGUAUUUGGCCACAUUCGCCGUCGCCUAUUUAACUAAUGGCUGUCCACAGAAUUAUCAAGCACUUCAAUCACAUGAUUUGUGUUAACGCCAAAUAAAAGACGAGUCGAAGUCUAGUCAAAGGUCUCACUUUGUCGUUUACCAUAAGGACGAGAUUUGCUUGUAUAUUUAUACGAAUAACAAGCGACAAAGUGAGACUUUUUGCUUGGAAACGACGCAUAUUUUGUCAUCUCUUAUAUUACAACUAUUAACUUACAAUGAAGACUUGGCACUGGGGCCAAGUGCGCAUACCUUAGACUGAUUGAUAGAUAUUUUAAUUAAAAGAAUAGCGCAAUCGAAAUAGGACAAAGAUCGAAAUCUGAAGUGACACUAGUCAACUCACCAAUUUGCCUAUAUUAUUCAGUAAUACCACAGGUUUUAAGAAUAAACAUUACUUAUUUGUUUUUUUUUUCAUGCUUAAGUAAAAAAUAUUCAUAUUUAGUCACAUUCAAUACCUACCAGGGUUGUGUCAAAUGCUGACCAAUUCUGUUAUAUUUAUUUACAAUAAGUGUUUAUAAUUUUUCUGUUCAAAUCAUAGAUGGGAUUGCGACUGUAUUAAUAUAAGAUUUUUUACAAUAAACUAACAACAAGUA